AUGUUAUGGAUCCACGUCGUGGGCACCUCGACUCAACAUUCAAGUUUGCUGAUUUCGGUGUUCGCACUAUCGAAUACCUUUCAAAUUAAAAGCAGCCGAAGCGAAGUAAGAAAAUUUCCCGAUGGUUUCAUUUUUGGUGCAGCCACUGCCUCCUACCAAAUCGAGGGGGGUUGGGACGAAGAUGGUAAGUCUGAAAAUAUUUGGGAUCACAUGACCCAUACUGACCCCUGCUCAACUGCUGAUUGUUCUAACGGUGACAUAGCUGAUGACUCAUACCAUUUGUACAAGAGAGAUGUAGAAAUGAUACGAGAGCUUGGUCUAGACUUCUACAGGUUUUCAUUGUCGUGGUCACGCAUCUUACCAAGCAGCUUCCCGGACCAAAUAAACGAAGCGGGCGUACAGUACUACAACAAUUUGAUUGACGAAAUGCUUAAAUACAAUAUUGAGCCCAUGGUUACUUUGUACCACUGGGAUUUGCCACAGAAACUACAGGAGAUGGGUGGUUGGACGAACCCCCACAUCGUGGAUUGGUUUGCUGAUUACGCACGAGUUGCUUUCGACAUGUUCGGCGACAGGGUUAAGUAUUGGAUAACGAUGAACGAGCCGCGUGAAGUCUGCUAUCAAGGUUAUGGAACAACCACGAAGGCACCUCGUCUCGACAUUAAAGGAAUGGCGGAGUAUAUCUGCGCUAAAAACUUAUUGGUCGCCCACGCUAAGGCGUAUCACAUUUAUAAUGAAGAGUAUCGGUCGAAGCACGGUGGAAUAAUAGGGAUAACGCUUAGCGCCCAAUGGUACUAUGCUGAAACUGACGCUGAUAUUGAAGCCGCUGAGGAGUUCAUUCAAUUUGAGUGGGGACAGUACGCCCAUCCGAUUUUCUCUGAGAUGGGCGAUUUUCCUCCGGUAAUGAGGGAGAGGAUUGCAACCAAUAGUGCUACCCAAGGCUUCCCGAGAUCCAGACUGCCCGAGUUCACGCCUGAAGAAGUUGACUACGUGAGGGGAUCGUCUGACUUCUUUGGCAUAAAUCAUUACACCUCCUACGUUGUGUAUAGAAAUGAAUCAGUAAUUAAUAUGUAUGACACUCCUUCGUACUACGACGACAUAAACGCUGGUUUUUAUCAACCUAAUGAGUGGGAACAAGGGGCAUCGAGUACUAAAAAGGUGAUGCCUGAUGGUUUAUAUAAGCUCUUGACAGACAUUAGAAAUAAAUUUGAUAACCCACCUGUGUAUAUAACCGAGAAUGGAUACUCCAGCCGUGGUGGAUUAAUAGAUGACGACCGCAUCGCAUACUAUAGGAAAUAUUUAAACGCCAUGUUGGAUGCUAUGGAUGAAGGAUCGGAUAUAAGAGCAUACACUGCCUGGAGUCUCAUGGACAAUUUUGAAUGGAUGCAGGGUUACACAGAGCGUUUCGGCCUGUAUGAGGUGGACUACACAAGUCCGGAACGGACUCGCACGCCACGGAAGUCCGCUUUCGUGUACAAGCAGAUCUUAAGGGAUCGUGAACUCGACUGGAACUACGUGCCAGACACCGACGUAAUGACCAUUGACGAGGGACAU